AUGUCAAAUAUUCAUCACUUUGUAGCACUGUUCCAUUUAUUAAUCUACAAUCCUAUUUUGGGAGAUCUGGGGCAGUUGAUCAUGAAAGGUAAUGUUUUUUGGGAAGUAAUAAGAGCCGUUUACAACCAUUGUGCACUAAUAAUAGGAAAAACAAUACCAGCAUGUCAACGAUGCCGAAAAAUUGAACCACCGAACUGUUCGAUAUUCAUCGGUCUUGGCUGCUCGGAACCUACUGUCAUCUAUGAUGAUCGCGGGGAAUGCCUAAGAGCAAAAGCAUGGUGUGGAACUAAACAAAUGGCAGUGCUUGGGACUAUCAUCGGUGAAUACGAUUUGUAUUUUUUGGAUAGAUUACAUCAGGAUUGGUGGUCAUUGUCAGAAGCAGAAGGUCUACGAAUGGUCAUCUAUGCAAAUUGUACGGAACAGGAAGACUGGCUUACAGUUGCUGAACUACAGACUUAUAAAUCUCAGAAUGUUACUGUAGAUAGAUUAUUUUGUUUUCAAUAG